UACCGGGUGGCGCAGCUGGCGCUGUCAGUCGCGGCCCAAGAUGGCGGCGGCCGGGCGCGGAUGGAGGCGCUGGUGACCGUGCGGAGACUCGCCGCCGUCUGUACCAUGGGCGCCAAUGCCUCUGCUUUGGAGAAAGAGAUUGGUCCUGAGCAGUUCCCUGUGAAUGAGCAUUAUUUUGGCUUGGUCAAUUUUGGCAACACCUGCUACUGCAACUCAGUCUUACAGGCACUUUAUUUUUGUCGUCCAUUUCGGGAAAAAGUGUUGGCGUACAAAGUGCAGCCUCGGAAGAAGGAAAGCCUCCUGACCUGCCUCUCUGAUCUCUUCAACAGUAUUGCCACCCAAAAGAAGAAGGUGGGGGUCAUCCCACCCAAGAAAUUCAUUUCCCGGCUGAGGAAAGAAAAUGAAUUAUUUGACAAUUAUAUGCAGCAGGAUGCACAUGAAUUCCUGAACUACCUACUCAACACUAUUGCUGACUUACUCCAAGAGGAGAAGAAGCAGGAGAAGCAGAACAGGAAACUGCAGAAUGGCAGCAUUGAGAGCGAGGAGGGGGACAAGGCUGAUCUGACGUGGGUCCAUGAAAUCUUCCAAGGAACACUAACCAAUGAAACCAGAUGUCUGAACUGUGAGGCUGUUAGUAGCAAAGAUGAGGACUUUCUGGAUCUCUCGGUUGAUGUGGAACAAAAUACAUCAAUUACGCAUUGUCUGAGGGGAUUUAGUAACACUGAGACUCUCUGCAGUGAAUAUAAAUACUAUUGUGAGCAGUGCCGCAGCAAACAGGAGGCACAGAAGAGGAUGAGGGUGAAGAAGCUGCCCAUGAUUCUGGCUCUGCACCUGAAGAGGUUCAAGUACAUGGACCAGCUGCACCGCUACACCAAGCUGUCCUACCGCGUGGUGUUCCCCCUGGAGCUGCGGCUCUUCAACACCUCGGGGGACGCCACCAACCCCGACAGGAUGUACGACCUGGUGGCCGUGGUGGUGCACUGUGGCAGUGGCCCAAACCGUGGACAUUACAUCACCAUUGUGAAGAGCCAUGGCUUCUGGCUGCUCUUUGAUGAUGACAUUGUAGAGAAAAUUGAUGCCCAGGCCAUUGAAGAAUUCUAUGGGUUAACAUCAGACAUUUCCAAAAACUCAGAGUCUGGAUACAUCCUCUUCUACCAGUCACGAGACUGAGGCAAAAGGAACACGUAUCCAAGAAACAAAGGGAUCAAGAUAUGUUCAAAUGGAACAUAUUUGUGAGGGCAGGAGCAGUUCCUCGUUGUUGCUGUAGGACCAGGACAGAGCCAGCAGGAGGAGGAAGGUCCCUCCCUGCCCUUUUUGGAGGAUUAGUGCUGACUGCCAUCACAAGAAGAGCUUUGUUCCAGUUUCCUUCCUGGGCUUUUUUCACGUGCUAUCUUCCAAAAUCCGUGUUACCUCUACUUGAAACCUGGCUGCUUGUUUGUCCAUGAAUGGAAGAAGAGAUUUAAAAGUAGCAUUGUAGAAUUCUGACCAUUUAAUGUUGGCCUGAGGCUGUACCUUGGUUUCUGCCAUUGUGAUUUUUCUGUAUUUUAGCAGAACGAUUUCAAUAUUCAGUGUCAGCUGAAGGCAUAUUUUAGGAUAUGAACAGCAGCUGGUUGCUGGAUAUUUUUGGUGACUCAGACUUGAGAAGCAGUACAAAGCUAAGACAUACUGGAAAUGUCAAGUCUGUCAUUUUUAUAAAGCAAAGCAGACAAACCCCUCUCUCUGCAGCAUUGUCAGCCUCCCGUUCUGCACUGUGUUGGGUUCAGAGAACACUAACAGCACUGCGCCUUUUGUAUCCUGAUUUGUACUCUCCUGUCUCUUCUGCAGAAGGGAGAGAGCUGUGUUCACCUCAGCCUUUGCUGUGUGUUGCUUUGGAAGCAGCAGUUUUGCCUCAAAGCCCUGACUCCAGGGGAGCAGAGCAGGUCCCUUUCAAGGAACAUCUCUUGCUGUAGGAAGUUGAAGUUCCAGCGUUUCUUGGAGCUGUUGCAUAAACCAAAAGUGCCCUCAUUCUGAACCAGAAUCUGUUCCACAUUUCAGUCAAUUCCAAGCAAACUGGUGCAUUUUGAAUCUAUGCUAAUCCACAGAAACAGCACUAAUUGGGAAGGGUUAACCAAGAGAAGCAGCAUUUAUGGAACUAAUCCAAGUGUUCUUAGGCUUCAAGGGGAUGAACAGGUAAGAAGGAAAACCAACCCACCAACCCAGACAUUGCCUUGUAAGUGUUCCUUGUCAUUUGUUGGUAAUCUGGGAAUCAUAACACCCCCUAAAAAUGCUUCUGAUUGUUUUACCUCUCUAGGCCUUGCUUAACAGGAGGAAUUGCUGGUCUUUGAAGACUGAAACAAGCAAUUCCCCAUCACAUGUGUAUAUAUUAUAAUCUCAAGGAUAACUAGAAAGAAAAGACUGAGGAAGUUUGUAAGAACUCUCAGAAAAUCUGGUGCAAGUUUCUUAUUGAGAAGCCCUGUUGCAGUGCCAAAGCUUGUCACAGCUGGCUCUAAAUACCAGUGGGAAUGAGUGUGUUCCUGACUCCACCUUGCUGGGUGAUCCUUGUCCUGUGUGUGUGGCUGUUCCAGCACAGCCCCUCCCCUGUCCUCCAGUGCUUGUUGUUCUUGAGGAUAUUUAACUUAUGCAAUUCUGUGGCUUGUACAGGAUAUUCAAUGUUCUACCAAAACACUGUCCUCAGGAAAGCAGCAUUUCACUUUUCUUGUGGUAGCUUCAUGUGUCUGUUCCUUCCUCUCAUGACCACAAAUGUUUAGCAAUUACCAAUUAACUCCUGCCUUCAAACUGCAAAUGAACCCUCACCAUGGUAUUCCAGCUGGCUGCCGUUCUCGUUCUCCUGGCACAUCUCCUCUUCCAGAAGAUAAAAUAGGGACACUGGGUUUUUUAAUUAUUUUUUAUUAUACAGAGUACUGUCAUUUUAAGAGACACAUUCGAUAGCAGCAAAUGUCCUUGUCAUCUUGUUCCUAUUGUGUGACAGUUGUUCCUGGCUAAGAGUCUUCUCCUCUUCUCCAUACACAAGCUGUGAGUCCUCUCCUGGUGGUGCCACCAGAAGACUGUCAUCACUAAGUCUUGCAAAAAAUGAAAAAAAGAAAAAAAAGAGAGAGCACUGAGUUAAAAAUAAUCUAAACAGUAAAUACAAAAAUUAAUGUAGUACACUAGACAUGUAUUUUGUAUAUCUGGUGAUACAUUUUUACAAAUGAAAUACCCGACUGAGAGAUAAUAUUGAAAGAUAUAUACUAUAGAUUAAAAACUGUUAAAAGUGCACUUUUGCUACAGAUUUAUAAGGAGACUAAAAGGAGUUAAAUGGGAAGAGAAUGGUGUGAUGUUGCUUCUGUAGAAUAAAUGACCCACCACUCUCCAAUAAAAGUCAUGUAUAAUCAAAUGCA